CACGAGCAUAUGUGCUAGUAUUACCUAAGCAUUAAGCCCCAAAUCACGUGGUGUUUCGUAGGUAUAGCAAAGUUCAUGUUAGUUUGCCGCGCCGAAGCUUGCGCGGCUUUAUAAAUGCAACAGCGUCGGCGUAUGCACAGGAGCCAUGUUAGUUUGUAGACGUCAGAGCCACAGGCACAAACACUUCGUUCUGGUGCACAGCGUGUACACAUGGCGGCUCCGGCUGACCAAGCUAGCAGCAAGCACUUCGUUCUGGUGCACGGUGUAUGCGUCGGCGGCUGGGCCUGGUUCAAGGUGGCCACGCGGCUCAGGGACGCCGGGCACCGCGUGAGCACGCCUGACCUCGCGGCGUCGGGUGUGGACCCCAGGCCGCUGCGCGAGGUGCCGACGUUCCGCGACUACAGCAAGCCGCUGCUGGACCUCCUGUUGUCCGUCCCGCCCGGGGAGAAGGUGGUGCUCGUCGGCCACAGCUUUGGUGGCGUGAGCAUCGCCCUCGCCUGCGAACUGUUCCCGGAGAAGGUCGCCGCUGCGGUGUUCGUCUCCGCCUUCAUGCCGGAUCACAGGUCGCCGCCGUCGUACAUGCUUGAAAAGUACAAGAAGCGGAGAAUGGACUGGAUGGACAUGGAGUUUAAGCCUCAAGAUCCUGAGGGCAAGCUGCCUAUUUCCAUCCGGUUCGGGCCGCUGGUCACCCGAGCAAAGUUCUACCAGCUGUGCUCGCCGGAGGACCUGACGCUGGGAAGAUCCCUGAUGAGGGUCGGCUCGAUGUUCGUGGACGACCUGAAACUGCAGCCACCGUACACGGAGGCUCGCUACGGGUCUGUGCGCAAGGUGUUCAUCGUCCUCAAGGACGACAACGCCAUCUUCGAGGGGUUCCAGCGGUGGAUGGUGCAGAACUACCCCGUGGACGAGGUCAGGGAAAUCCACGGCGCGGACCACAUGGCGUUGCUCUCGACGCCGGCCGAGGUAGCGCACUGCCUCGCCGACAUCGCUGUCAAGUAUGCUGCCUGACGCACGCUGUUUUUUUUCGAGUGAAAUAAUGUAUUACUCAACUGAGGCAGUUCAUACGAUCAAUCGUAGUUAGCUCCAUAGCAUCCGAAGGACCCGAACCAAUCCAAGUCAUGGUUCUGCCUCCUACACAAGCAAAUUUGGCUAUGCUAUCACUAACUUUAUUUUGGCUACGAUCAACAUGAGUAAUACAAGAAUCGCGAAGAGACAUAAGGUGUCUAA